AUGGGCGCCACCUACUACUACUAUUACGAGCUCGACGGUUCAACUGAGACUCACGAUCCCGCCGAGCCUUGGACCACGGCUUGCCCGUCCCUGCCGGGGCAGACGGUCAAUACCCUCAUCGUCCCCGUCGAGCAAAGCCUGCGCCAACGCAGUGCCUCUCUCACCUCUGUGCGCCAGGAGAGCUUCAGGACCAUGGACCCCGAUGCCAAGUUCGCCACGCCGCGCCCUGCCCCUGCUCCUGUCAUGGAAUCAACAGCUCGCCGCCUCGGGUCGGCCUCGACCCUCCUCCAGAAGCGCCCCUGCACACGCUCGCCCUCUCCUGCCCCUUCGUGGAAGCGCUUCUUCACGCGGAGACUAGGCCAACGAGACGCUGAUCGGUCGCCCACACGAGGUCAGACCGCCGACAGCAGCGAGCCUGUCGAGGGCACCUCCCUCCUCCAGGACUCACCAGCCCACACGCGCAGCUCUACGCCCUCGGAGGGAGCACGCACCAGGGACCUGUCGCCCGAGUCUUUGCGGCGUUUCCUGUCCGACGGCACUCCAACUCACGUCGAAGCCGUGCCCCACCAGCCAACGACGCUAUCUAUUCCUGACGAGAUCGCAGAGGAUGUCGAUGAUGACGACAACUUCGCUACGUCUGCCAUCUCUGAGAACCAAGUCUACGCGACGUCUCUGUCUCCACCUCCCUUCCAACGUUCAGCAUCUGCCGACACCAUCCCAAGAGCAGCGUCCAACUUGAGCUCAAUCACCCUCACGGCCGGUCAGCCCUUUGACCAAAAGCUACCAGAUGAUGGUCAAGCGGAUGGCAACCAAGCGGAACAGCCGGAGUCGCAACGGUCUCUCCCGAAACUCGAGACCAACGCGAAGCCCCGCUGGUCGAUAUCGGCAACUUCCAGCCUGCUGGCAACUCCGAUUUCUCCCCAGCUGGUGGCCGAUGAUCCUCCAUCCUUUUACGAUUCCAACGACGAAGAUGAUGACGUUGCAUCCACCAUUGAAGCAGACAACUUUGCACAUCAAGCUGUCAUUGAUGCACCCUUUUCGAGUGAGGUCUUCCGAGGAUACAGCCUCCCGCGCCAAAGCGACGAGGAGAAGAGCGUGGCUGCGCCCAGGCCUGCUAUAAAGUCAUUCAAUUCCCCGCAACUUCUCCCCAGAGCCGACACGAGGAACGAUCAAGUCAGCGGAACCAACUUGCUGGGCACACAUAUCGACACAGGCCUGGACGACUUUGUCAGUGAGAUGGGAUGGAUUGUGGACGCCAUCAGGUGCAAAGAGACACAUUAG